AUGUCAUUGACAUAUGGAAAUACUAGUGGGGCUGUGUUCAUCCUCUUGGGCUUCUCAGAUUACCCGGAACUGAAAGUCCCUCUCUUCUUGGUGUUUCUCACCAUCUACAGCAUCACUGUGGUAGGCAAUAUUGGCAUGAUCCUCAUCAUCAGGAUUAACAACAAACUCCAUACCCCCAUGUACUUCUUCCUCAGCCACCUCUCCUUUGUAGAUUUCUGUUAUUCCUCUGUUAUCGCUCCCAAGAUUCUAGUGAACAUUGUUGCAAAAGACAGAACCAUCUCAUUUAUAGAAUGCAUAGUACAAUACUUUUUCUUUGCUGUCUUCGUGGUAACUGAAUCCAUUUUAUUAGUGGUUAUGGCCUAUGAUCGGUUUGUGGCCAUCUGCAGCCCACUACUCUACACAGUCACCAUGUCCCAGAAACUCUGCAUCUGUCUGGUGGUGGGAUCAUAUGCAUGGGGACUGACAUGCUCCUUGACAAUGACAUGUUCUGCUCUCCAGUUAUCUUUUGUUGGUUUCAACAGAAUUGAUCACUUCUUCUGUGAGUUCUCUUCCCUUCUAGCCCUCUCCAGCUCAGACACUCAUGUGAACCAAAUCCUUCUGUUCUCACUUUCCACUGUGAAUGCUCUCAGUACUCUCUUCAUCAUCCUCCUGUCAUAUGUGUUUAUCCUUGUUACCAUACUCAAGAUGCAAUCAUCCAAAGGGCGCCACAAAGCAUUCUCAACGUGUGCUUCACACCUGACUACCAUCACCAUCUUCUAUGGCACAAUCCUGUUUCUGUACUCUGUGCCAAACUCAAAGAACUCAAAGCUCACAUUUAAAGUGGCCUCUUUGUUUUAUACACUGGUGAUCCCCAUGGUCAACCCCCCAAUUUACAGUCUGAGGAAUAAAGAUGUGAAGGAGACAAUCAGAAAAAUAAUGAAUAUUAAAUUACUCCAUUCAUCUGUUUGA